ACCCUUUGGCAGUUCGGCGUCUUGCAACAGGUCUGACACCUCGUGUGAGGUUAGUCGGCGUUUGGCUACUGUGACGGUGAUGUGUGCCGGGUUAUGUCGCUCUUGUUGAACGGUGUCAAUCAGUGUAUUUCCAGUAUGGGCUCGCUCGAGGUGCAGGAGCUUCUCGGUAAGAAGGACGAUCUUAUUCGUGAUUUGGAGGAGAAGCUUAAAGUUCGAGAGAAUGAAAUUACGGAGCUUAGGUCGCAACUGGAUAAAUUCCAGAGUGUUAUUCCGUUUGCGACUGUCGGACCGACGCCAGGCAGCCCCAAAGGCCGGGCUCGCAAAACCAGAGCCCAGGGCAUCUCGGCUGAACCCCAGACGUUGAAGACUGUACAGGAGUUGGCCGAUCUCAGCCAGACAACCUUCCCAGAGGUCCCCAAAACUCAAAGGUAA